CCACCCCAAGAUCCCCAUCCCCAUCAUGGACCGGUGGGUAGGUAAGGUAGCCGUUGUGACCGGUGCCAGCUCCGGCAUUGGUGCCGCCACUGCCAAAGCCCUCGUACGUGCCGGCAUGAUUGUGGUCGGUCUAGCCCGGCGUGUAGAACGUAUCGAAGCCCUGCGCAACGAGCUGCCAGCCAACGUUCCCGGCCAGCUGCAUGCCAUCCGGUGUGACGUCAUGCGGGAGGAAGACAUCCUUGCGGCGUACGCUCAAAUCGAGCGCCAGUUCGGUGGUGUUGAUGUGCAGAUCAAUAGUGCGGGGAUUGCGCACCAUACGGUGCGCAUACUGCAGCCGAACAACACGCAACCAUUGCGCGAUAUCGUGCAUACGGAUCUGCUCGGGCUGACCCUGUGCAGUCGUGAAGCGUACCUAUCGAUGCAGAAGCGCUCGGUCGACGGUCAUAUUGUGCAUCUGAACAGCAUUACCGGCCACUCGAUACCACCGCUCAACACGCUCAACAUCUAUCCGGCCGUGAAGCACGGUGUGACGGCCCUGACGGAAACGAUGCGCCAGGAGUUGCGUUUUGCGGGCAGCAAAGUUAAGGUUACGAGCAUUAGUCCAGGAUUGACUAGGACGCCCAUCAAUCCCAACAGUGACACCUACACGGGACCGAUCCUCGAGCCGGAAGACAUUGCCGAUGCGAUACUGUACGCACUCGGAACGCCACCCCGUGUACAGAUCCACGAGUUGACGAUCAAACCAGUGGGUGAAGUAGAAUGCACGAUGGAACGCUGGCGUGGAAAGGUGGCCAUUGUGACCGGUGCUAGCUCCGGCAUUGGGGCAGCAACGGUGAAAGCUCUCGCCAGUGCCGGUAUGAUCACGUUCGGUUUGGCCCGCCGUGUCGAACGGGUGGAAGCACUGAAGGACGAGCUGCCGGAGGAUGCCCGCGAGCGGCUGCACGCACUGCGCUGUGACGUUACGAAGGAGGAGGACAUUUUGGCCGCCUUCCGGGAGGUCGAACAACGGUGCGGCGGUGUCGAUGUGCUGAUCAACAAUGCCGGCGUGGCGCGAUCGAGUGUCGGCGUGCUGGAUGCGAAAAAUACGCAGGAGUUGCGCGACGUGAUCGACACGAAUCUGGUCGGGUUGGCGCUGUGCAGCCGGGAGGCGUAUCAAUCGAUGAAGAAACGGUCGGUCGAUGGGCACAUUGUGCACAUUAACAGCAUACUGGGACACAAGGUGAUCCCGAUGAACACGCUCAAUGUGUAUCCGGCCACCAAGUACGGUGUGACCGCGCUGACGGAGACGAUGCGGCACGAGCUGCGAAUGGCGGGGACGAAAAUCAAAGUCACGAGCAUCAGUCCCGGUCUGGUAAGGACGGAGAUCAUCGGUGACAGUGGUGUGCUCAACGAUAUGCCCAUACUCGAACCGGAAGACAUCGCGAACGGCAUUCUGUACGUGCUCGGCACCCCACCGCGUGUUCAGGUGCACGAGCUAAUGAUCAAACCGUCUGCUCAUUCCUUCGUUUCUUAUCAAAAAGCCCGUCACACAGCCAUGGAACGCUGGCGUGGAAAGGUGGCCAUUGUGACCGGUGCUAGCUCCGGCAUUGGUGCAGUGACGGUGAAAGCCCUCGCCAACGCCGGUAUGAUCACGUUCGGUCUGGCUCGCCGUGUCGAACGAGUCGACGAGCUGAAGAAGGACCUUUCUGCCGAGGCAGCGGACCGGCUGCACAGUGUCCGGUGUGACGUUACGAAGGAGGAGGACAUUUUGGCCGCCUUCCAGCUGGUGGAGGAAAAGUGUGGCGGUGUCGAUGUGCUGAUCAACAAUGCCGGUCAGUUGAAGCGCGCGGUCAGUGUGCUGGAUGCGGGCAAUACGCAGAUUAUACGGGAUGUGAUCGAUACGAACGUGGUCGGGUUGGCGCUGUGCAGCCGGGAAGCGUUCCAAUCGAUGAAGCGUCGCUCGGUCGAUGGGCAUAUCGUGCACAUUAACAGCAUCCUUGGCCAUACGGUUGCGACGACGGGCAAGCUUAACGUCUAUCCGGCAUCAAAGUUUGCGGUGACUGCGCUAACCGAAACGAUGCGCCACGAGCUGAGGCUGGCGGGAACGAAAAUCAAAGUCACGAGCAUCAGCCCGGGACUGGUCAGAACGGAGAUGCCGCCCAGUACGGUCUUUGCCGAGGAGCCCUGCCUCGAGCCGGAGGACAUUGCGGAUGCCGUUCUGUACGUGCUCGGGACACCGCCCCGGGUACAGAUCCACGAGCUGACGAUCAAACCGGUUGGUGAAAAGUAGGGGCAAAAGGGGCAUAUAAAAUUAUACACCCAAAAAUGGCAAUAAAACUCGACAGCGGAAUAAAUGGAA